CUUAAAAGGUCUGGGAUGAGUCUUGCCCAGCUGCCUUUCUGCCCGGUUAGUCUUCAAUAUGAUUAAGUUAUACAUUAAAAAGCUUCCAAAGGAAAUAUUUGCCUUGUGGACUUGUGAGCAAAGAGCAGCAGAAAAGUCUCCAUCACCAAAGCAGGGUAUUGAUUUUCCCAGCCUGGGCCCACCAGCCAAAAAAAAGGCAAAAAAACAUGAACAACCUGCAGAAUCACAGUAACUAUUGGCUGAGAGUUCUAGUUUUAUGCCUGAGUUUUCAGACAAGCCUGGAAAUUCCCACUAAACCAAACAUCGUACUGAUCCUGGCAGAUGACUUAGGAAUUGGAGAUGUCGGCUGCUAUGGAAAUACUACGUUACGGACCCCGAAUAUUGAUCGACUUGCAAGGGAAGGUGUGCGUCUGACCCAGCAUCUAGCUGCUGCUUCCGUCUGCACCCCGAGCCGGGCAGCCUUCUUAACGGGCAGAUACCCCAUCCGAUCAGGGAUGGCGUCGGAAACUGAAGCCCAAGUGUUACUUUGGACAGCUGCCUCUGGGGGACUGCCUCCCAAUGAAACCACCUUCGCCAAGAUACUGCAACGGCAAGGCUAUGCCACAGGGCUGGUGGGGAAGUGGCAUCUGGGCGUGAGCUGUGAAACCCGCGGUGACCACUGCCAUCACCCUCUCAACCACGGAUUUGACUAUUUCUACGGCAUGCCUCUGACGUUGCUCCUCGACUGUGGAACCAGGCACAGUCAGAUAUGCCGAGCCCAGAGAGCUGAGCAUUGGUUUUACACACGGAUGCUAAGCCUUCUGCUGCUCCUCCUGACCCUUGGCAAGCUCGUGCGUAUUCUCCCCAUCCCGUGGAAGGUCAUCACCUGCUUUGCCGUUUGCGUGCUCCUCUAUUUCAUCUCCUGGUACUCCAGCUACGGAUGUUUGAGGCACUGGAACUGCAUCCUGAUGAGAAACCACCAAGCGUGUGAGCAGUCGAUGGCGUUAGAGAGAACCACCCAUCUCAUCCUGAGGGAAGCGCUGUCAUUUAUUGAAAGAAACAAGCAGAGACCUUUCCUCUUUUUCCUUUCACUUUUGCAAGUUCACGCGCCUCUUCCAACAACAGACAACUUUCUCGGGAGAAGCCGACAUGGCUUAUAUGGAGAUAAUGUGGAGGAAAUGGACUGGAUUGUGGGCAAAGUUCUCGAUAUCCUUGACAGGGAAGGCUUGACCAAGGACACACUUGUGUAUUUUGCCUCGGAUCAUGGCGCGUUUUUGGAGGCUAGUUUAGAAGACACGCUACUUGGGGGCUGGAAUGGAAUCUACAAAGGUGGAAAAGGCAUGGGAGGCUGGGAAGGUGGGAUCCGCGUCCCAGGAAUAUUCUGGUGGCCUGGGGUGCUGCCGGCUGGCCGAGUGAUCGAUGAGCCCACAAGCCUGAUGGACGUCUACCCCACCGUGGUCCAGCUGGGAGGUGGCCAGGUGCCCCGGGACAGGGUGAUCGACGGGCGGGAUCUGAUGCCCCUCCUGCGGGGCCAUGUGCCCCACUCGGGGCACGAGUUCCUGUUCCACUACUGUGGCUCACGGAUGCAUGCCGCUCGCUGGUACCAGCGGGAGAGUGGCCAGAUCUGGAAGGCUCAUUUCGAGACGCCCACCUUCCUGGAGGGCUCUGUGAGCUGCUACGUGGACAGUGCCAUGUGCCCUUGCUAUGGAAGCAUGACCCGCCACGAUCCACCAUUGCUCUUUGAGCUCUCUGCUGACCCCUCAGAAGCCAAGCCCCUGUCCCCCAGCUCGGAGCCCUCCUUCCACGCUGUGGUCAGCCGCAUCAAGGAAGCCACCCAGGAGCACCGGAAGACCCUCACCCCCGUUCCCCAGCAGCUCUCAGGCUCCAGCAACACGUGGAACCCAUGGCCACAGCCGUGCUGUGGCACCUUUCCAUUCUGCAGCUGCCAGGAGAGCCCCCUCCCUCAUGCUGAGCUGUGAAGGUGGCAGGGGGCAGCCAGAGGAGGAGCAGAGAGGGGGACACAGGGGUCCCCAGCCUCUGAUGCCUGCCUACUCAUACAUGCCCUCACUGUCAUAGCUCCCUGGGGCUGCUGAAGCAACAUACUGCCAACUGGGAGCCUUGACACAACAGACAUUCAUUGUCUGAUGGUUCUGGAGCCAGAAGUCCAACAUCAAGUGUAAGCACGGUCGUGCUCCCUUUGGAGGCUCCAGGGAGAUUCCUCCCUGCCUCUCCCAGCUCCUGGUGGCUCCAGGUGCUCUUCGCUUGUGGCUGCAUCGCUCCAAGCUCUGCCUCCAUCUUCACAUGGGCUUUUCUCUCUGUAUCUUUUCUCUUCUUAUAAAGACCCCAGACAAUGGUGGAUUAGAGCUCACCCUCAUCCAAAAGGAUCUCACCUCAAUCCCAUCUUCAAAGACCCUAUUUCCAAAUAAUGUUACAUGCACAGGACAAUGAUCAGGACUUGAAUGUAUCUUUUGGGGGAAACCUGUCCCCCCAAAUGCAACCCAUGACACUUAACAAUUGUCCUCCUUUUUCCAGCUACAAUUUUGGCCACAAGGUCUUCCCAAAUGGUUGCGUUCCAUCCUCUUGUAUAAGAAGACAUGAAAUUUUCUUUUCUUUUUUUUGCUAAUUUCUCUUGGGACCUUGGCACAGAAAAAAACUCAAGAACCAACAAAUGAAACAAAAUAUUAAAAAUUUCCAAAAUAAUCAAAUUA